GGUGUUCUGGCUGGGUGUUCCGAGUUUCUGAUUUUGAUAACACUGUGUUAGUUUUUAGAUUUUAGAGGACUAAGAUCACUCACAUUAAAUCAUUUUAUGCGCAUGUGAAACAAUUCUUUCCAUGAUCUCUGUAUAAAAGUGCAACGUGUUUCACUCCCUCUUAAUCACCUAGCGAUAGUUUUAAAGCUGCCUCGAAUCUGAUCCAUUGGUUUGCUCCUAGUUUCUGCGGGAAGUUUUCCAGCCAUGGCAACUCUUGAAGACAAAAUACUUGGUGAGAAAUCGCAAAAUUACUGUAGUAGUAGUGAAUCUGAAAAUGAAGCUGAAUCUGGUGACGAAGCUGAAACACCCAAAGGGGAAAGCUGCAUGUCACAAGCUCCCUGCGCCCCAGUUGAACCUUCCAAGUGGGAUGGAGUUUCUUCGAAUACCGGUCCCAAAGGUGUGAUCAAAGACUGGCAACGAUUCAAGCAGUUAGAGUCGGAGCGACGGAAGGAACAAGAUCAAGAAAAGAUUAUGCUUAUGAAGAAAUUGACUUUGACUUGUAAGACAGCAUUGGAAGAGGAAAAAGACAAGCAAAUUGAAGCUGAGCUUGAGGAUUUACUCAACGAUGAAUUCCUCCUUCAGUAUCAGAAGCAGUGCAUGCAAGAAAUGUUGGCAAAAGUCUCUGGUAUUCCUACGUUUGGAGCUCUUCAAGAUCUCAAAAAUGGUGCCGAGUUUCUGGAUGCUAUUGAAAAAGAGAAUGCAUCUGUCACUGUUGUCAUUCACAUCUAUGAGGAAAACAACAAUCUCUGUAAAAGCAUGAAUGAGGGACUCAAGGCAUUAUGUCAAGAGUAUAAAAAAGUAAAGUUCUGUAGAUUUCUAAGCUCAGCAGCAGGAAUGAGUCGGGAUUUUAAGAAGGAAGGGGUGCCUGCACUUUUAGUGUACAAAGGUGGUCAAUUGAUUGGAAACUUCGUAUCAGUUGGUAAUGAGCUCGGUGAUGAAUUUUACUCGGGUGAUAUUGAAAACUUUCUUAUAGAGCAUGGUAUGAUCAGUUCAGUUCCUACAGAGUGACUUCUCUUUUAUAUCAAAGGUUGAAUGUCACAACUUUUCAAAAACAUUUCUAGAAUUUCUUACUUCAUUUUUUACUUUUGUAUACCUACUUACAUGGUUAAGAGAACUAAGUAUCUCUUUACGUCUUGAAAAAUCACCUGAGAGUAUUUUUAGAAGGAUGAUUUAUACAUUACUCAAGUUGUAUAAACUUGUUUCACAGAAGUGAUAAGCCAUUGUCACUUAAUCCGAUUGUGCACCACAACUUCUUAGCAUCCUUCAUAAUUAUUGUGUUCCGUCCGUUAAUCCAUUGAGCUCAGAAACUUGGAAUCCAGAUAUAAUUAUGAAAUAAUGCCGAUCAAGGUGGUGCAAAACUCUCCAAGUAUCAAGUGUCCAUGCUAUUAAAUGCCCAGUAAUGUAUUAAGAACGAAUUUAUCGACAGCCAGAAAAUGUAAUGAUUCAUUUUGUAAUUUUCAGAUUACUAGUGUUCAAAAUUCACCCUUGAGUUUCAGGAGUCUUUCCGCCUAUUUCUUAAGAACAAUUUUUAAGAGCUAUUGAAGAUUCAUUUAGAGCCAAAUUGAAUUUUGCCUAUGUAUUAAAGGGCAUUUAGUGAUAAGUAAUUUUUGCAAGAUGUAUGGUCAAAUGAUUUGCAGCUCUAACUUCGGAAAAAAUCACCUAUCAGAGAAAUCAGAAUUGUAAUAAUUUUUAGGCCUGAAUCUUCAUAUUUUGAGGACCAUGGCUGAUUUUUUAGAAGCAUUUGGAGCCUGUGGGGUUUGGUACACUGAUUAUUAUAAACUGAACUCAUCUAUACUCAUAUCUUAGAUUCUCCUCUGAAAAAAUCCUCAGAGACUGACAGCCACACAAACUCAUAAUUUGGGGCUUUUUGAAAAGAUAGAUAGGAGGCCCCUGAAAAUUUCGGAAUGUGUCUAGGGAGAAAUCUUUGGGGGAGUUCAGCUUAUAAUAAUUAGACCCUUGUUUAAUUCAUUACUUAAGUGCCGAUUAAUUUUUAGUGUUCAACGCACUGCUCGAGUGUCAUUGAUUCUCAAUCGUCAAAAACACUAUCAGGAACACUAUUCUAUCUUUGAAGUCACUGCUUGUUACUCUUAGCUGGGUGGAAUUUGAAUGAAAGUCUAAUGUGUGAAUUAUGGAAAACAGUUCUUUUUAAUUAUAGAGAUUUAGUCAAUUGUUCUUAAAUUAAAAGACAAUCUAAAAGAUUAACGGAAUGACAGAAGUAACGUUAUUGCUCCCUGUUUACCUACUAAAAUAGAAUCGUUCCAGACAAUGCUAUGAUCCUACAUCAGUAAGCUGAGCGUUGUAAAACUAGGAUCAUGUAGUAUGAUUUUGGAGUUUAAUUUUCAUUGAAUUUUGUAAAAAAAAAAAUCUUGUACUUAAAAUUGGACCUCCCUUGCAUGCAAUCAAGAAAACCCUCUCAAGGGGGAUCACCUUAAAAUUUUGAAAAAUAAUAACUCGUGCCUUUCCUCCCUAAAAAUUGGAUGAAUCAGACUGAAAAUGCUCGCACGAAGCUAUGAUUUCAGGCACUUGUUUUUCUAUUAACCUGUCUUGCUGUGCCAAGAAGUACAAAUUGCGGAGCUUGCUAAUCGAAUUUGACAGUUGUGAAUAAUUCAUUUCUCAGGGGUUGCACGGAUGAAGAGCAAGAGAGCCCUAAUUUACCAAUAAGAUAUGGUUUUUUGCAGAAAAUUUCUUCUCAUUUUCCUUGAUACAACCACUUACUUAAACACUGUAUUGAUUAUCCCUCUUUGUUAAGUUUUCAUGUCCGAACCAUUGCAAAUGCAACAACCUAAACAAUUGCACGAUGAGGGUAUAAUGAUAACUCAAGUCCUUAAAAACGUCUCAAAUGUUCAACUACAUCAGUUGGAGUUAAAAUGCUUGAAAAAAGCAGUUUGAAAAUUGUUCUUUUAAGGGAAAGCACUAAGAAAUUUUGUUAAAAUCAAGCUGAGUUAAACAUAGUUAGAAUAAUCUACAACUGUCCUUCCUCUAUCAUAGAAAAAUUAACUAAAUCCAUUUGCAAUUUAGGAAUUCUUCUAGUACUAAGGAUGGUCUUUCAAGGGGCUUUCAUAAAGGAAGCAUAUAUUUUUUUUCUUUGGAUACUAAACUAAAGAAUAUCUGUACCAUUGUGCUCUUAACUUUUCCAAAAACUUGUUUUUUAAAUUAGAUGCACUGGUUUUCGAGUGAUGUAAGUUAAAGAUACCAAGGCACCAACUUCUUUUUUAAAAAAAAAAACAGCAUUUUGAAAAACUGAGAGUAGGUAUGGUGAUAAAGACAUUUCAUAACAAAUUUUUUGUGUCUUCAUUAUUUUUGGGUGAAAAAUAAUGGACAUGAUUACUUUAAAAAUACUCCUCAAAUAUUGGAAACCUUGAAUUGUGAAUCUUAUCUCACAACUUGACAAGUUUCUUCCUUCAAAAAAAUCGGUCGCUAGACACUCAGAUCCCCUCUCCCAAAGAAAGGUCUCAAAUGAUUCAAAGGAUCUCAGCGGGUCAGUUGAUUUACUUGUUUAACCACCUCUUUCAUAUUUCCUCUUGAGCCUUCAAAAUUCUCUUUUCCAGGCUAAUUUAUCAGUACAUUCUUGAACUCAUCAUUAACAACCUGUAUCUAAAGGCUUCAUUUUGGAAAAAUUUUCCGUAUUUAAAGUUUUAUCAAAUUAAAAAAUGUGCCAAAAGUGUUUCGUGGGAAAAUGUGAGAAACAAACUAAAAAUAAAAAUUAUAUCCUGUAAGUUUAACUCUCCACACAAGUGCUUUGGUUCUCAGUCAUUAAUAUCAAUGUAUAGAUAUGAAAUAUACUUUUUUUGAAGUGGAUAAAAAAUGAAAGGGUAUAAUUUUUUUUUUUUUGCUAAAUUUCCCCUGUGCAUUCCCUUAUUUUUUUAGAGUAAAUACGAGGGCAAGCCGGCAAGUCCACCAUUUUAUUUUUCACCCACAACUUGUAAACAUUUAUAAAAUAGAGGUCUGAUCUAAAUGAGAUGUAAGUGCAGCCAAGAAAUUUAUGAAUUAUAAUGGCUUAAAUCCGCUAAACUCCGAUUUUCUUGCAUCUAAAAAUACAUGGGGAAAAGUCGCUAAUAUGGCCUCAAAGUGAAGAGCUAAGUUUUUUCAUUCAUUUUCCUGUCUGUACAUAAGCCGUCCUAAUGAUGAAAGAAUCAACUAUACAUUUUAUAAUAUAUAUUUUUUCAAUUUUAAAUUCUACUGCAAUCAGAGCUCUAUCAUUACAGGUAAAAAUUAUAGUUUUGAGUGGUGACUUUUCUACUGACGACACUUAAGCAGCAAAAGGUUUUUUUUUUCAGAAAAACUGCUCAAUCUUGCUUUAGAAAUAAAUACUUCCACAUUCUUGUUUAGCUCCCUCCCAGUUUUAUUGAAAUCUUGAUCUCAUAAGAAGUAAAAGCCUUUUUAAUGUAACUUCAUGUGUAAAUAAGUUCAUAAAGAAAAACCAAAAGAAAUCACUUAUGUAUUAUAUUGAUUUUUUUACUCGAAUAUUACACUUAAGAAACAGAUAACAAUGUACAAGCAAGAAGUAUAUGCACGGAAGAAGUCCCAAAUUAUUUAAUAUCCUCAUGUUUCAAUCGGAAUCAUGAAAGUGGUAUUAAACUGGGACAAAAGACCUCAUCUGUGACUUUUUUUAACCUGAAGAAAUUCAAUAAACAGGCUAAUGCCAUUUUACUACAUCUAAA